AUGGAUAGACGUUUACUGGUCAGUUUGAUAUUUCUGCUGGCCAUAGACUUGGUCUCAGCGUACGUCAUUGAGGAUACUUUUUCCGGCACGGGAGAAGUGUUCGAUGAAAUUUCUGACCUGGAAGACGUACAGGAAAGAAACUUACCCAAAGACCCUCUUGUACACAUCCCCCGCCUGAGAGAAAAACACAAAGACAGCUUCCUUGAAGUUAGUCAAGAAGAUGCUUUCGAGACUAUCAAAACAAGGGCUAUGGAACUCGCCGCAAAUGAAUGCUCCAACAUAACUGUUAAGGAAAGGAAUCUAGAGGCGGAAAGAGAAUCAUCCUUGAGACCAAACUAUCAGGCUUUUCAGCACGGAAGCAAGAAUUUUAUGACCGACGAGCAGUAUAAUGCUGCCGCGAAGAGCGAAAAAUGCAGCGCAUGUGUUCUGAAUACUCUGUGCAACGACACAUCUAUUCGGCAACUGUUGGGUAUUGACACCAGCCUCUCUGAGUGAGUACAACAUAUUUACAUCUACAUACACUUUUAAAUUUACUAAGGCUUAAUUUUAACCUACGUGUACAUUAAAGGGGAAUGAUUAUAGUAGUUUGGUAGAGUAAAUGUCAAACCCUACAUGUCAUGGUAUACACCUAAUUGAAGAGGUAAGAAGGAAAAAUCAAAAUAAUUACACAUAAAAUCGUGUAAUGAGAAGAAGGGAACAUUUCAAUGAGUUGACUUAUUCUAAAGUUACAUAAAUCUAAGAAUGAAAUUUAUAUGCCUAUUCAACCACACGCAGCCUAACCUUCAAUCAUAACUCUCAUCAUAACUACGAGUGGUCUUAUAUGCGUAAUCCUCCAAAUGAGCUUGGCUGUAUGGGAAUUUAGGUAAAAGAUCCAGGAAGAUAAAUAAUUGCUGGAAUUCUCAAUUUAAAAAAAAACACCUUACCAUUCCAGACGUAAACUAAGUAAACUCUCCUACUAAUAGGUUGAAUAGACAUAGAAGUUUCAUUCUUAUUUACUAGGUAAUUUUAGAUUAUACCUAAGUCAACCCCAGGGGGGAAGGGGGGUACUCCAGUGGCGGAGUUUAUCGAAUGAGAGCAAAAAUCAAAACCCGAACAAUCCUUAAGGCUUCCAACGAAACCCAAAAAACCCUGGACCAAAAAUUAACCCCCAAAAUAUCCCACGCCGAAUUUCCGAGCCUUAAAAAUUUCCAGAUGCAAUGUGAUGCAUUUUAGUAAAAUCCAGCUAGUGGUCUAUUAUUAAUGCUGCGUUCUGAUUGGUUGAGCUACUACUAGGCUAUAUGUUAUAGCCCACAAGUGGCGAAAAGCGCCGGCUUUUGGCGGCAAAAAAGGAUUAAAGUCUAGCGUUAACUAGCCAAAGCUGUUUUGUCUCGAUAUUUUUUUAACCAACUAGUUGGAUUUUACUAAAACAAUUAUUCCUCUCUCCCUCACGGCCUCUGAGUCAAUAGCCCAUUCGGCCUUCGGCCUCAUGGGCUAUUGACUCAGAACCCAUUGGGGCUCGAGGAAUAAUUUUUAAAUAGUUGACACUGCAGCUGCCCCCGCUCUGUAUAUUGUCGGUCAAUAGUAUGAUUGGUCGUUGUGUAGCUCCGGUUCAAAUAUAUCGAUUCAUAAUGAAGAUUUUCUCACAUAUUCCAUACAGUAGGUGAGAUAAAAACAGGAAAAGAAAAGUUCCCAGCACUGAUUCACUUCGACUUACACAGCUUUGAUUAAAACAUUCUCAGUUUCGAUUCAAAAUAAUUCUUAUUCUAAACCAUAAUAUUCUAAACCAUAAAAAAAGAUUUAAUUAGAAGUUGCAAUUUUUCGCUAUUUCUCUAUCACUUUUUACAUACUGUUCAUUUUAUUUGCAGGAAUGUAAACCUUAGAAAUUCAAAGGUUUGAUUAAUUCACGCUCGCGCGUUCUAGUCUUUUUCCCGAAACUUCAUAGAAGGACAUCUGUAAGUAGGGAAUAAGUCAGCACGGAAUUUAAUUGUCGGCGAAUUUCUGUAAUCGUCCAUCGUUCUGCUAGUGAUAACCUAGCCGUUGAUUCAAUCGUCUUGCUUGUUUGUGGACUGGGUCUUCUUCCACCAAAGAGAGAGAAAGAGAGUCUGUCAAAUUGUUUCCAAUCUAAGAAAUUGGGAACUCGUGUCUGGUAAACAAGUGUUUACUGAUAUAUAUACAGUUAUACGCACCUUGUUAUAACUUCAUCUGCGCUUAACGAGUGUCCUUUUGGUCCAUAAGUUUCAAAACAGCUGCUCCACAGAAUGUCGCUGAUAACACGUAACGCAAAAGAGUAUCGAAGUAUGACUGUACAAUAAGUGUCACAAAAUCUACCUAUUAGUAACGGGUCCCUUCCGGAUUUUCUGUUUUACGUCAUUGAAACAUCUCUAACUUGCGGGCGCAAACAAAACAAACGUCAUCAUUACCCAACGAUUCCAUGCUGCCCCUGUUCAAGCAAAUCGAGAUUUUUUUUUGGUAUACUGGCUGUAUAUUUCAACCGUGUAAGUACUUUUCUUAAUAUACGAGCGAGCUACUAAAGUGCCUUCUUGGGAUUUCCCAUUCUGGGCGAAAUGCGGGGGCAACAAUAAAACAGCCGCAAAACAAGUUCGGUUGAACUUUAUUCGCAGAACUACGCGGCCGAGAUACGCGGGCACUGCCACGACGCUUCACAUUGUUUUGAGUACCUCCAAAAAAAUACUUGCCAAAUUUUCCUACCCCAAAAAAUGCCGGAAUGGAAAAUCUCAAACCCAAAAAAAUCCUUCGAUCAUCUCCCUCACUUGAAAUCCGUAGUACCCCCAGGGGAAGUCAACCCAUUGCGAUGGGCUUUUCUUUUCAUAACACGAUGUUAUUUCCCCUAAUUUCGAAGAGGUUAUUUCUUUCCUCUUCACUUUUAUAGGACAUAUUCCAAGAGCUUCGGCUGCCUGUGACAAUCACCGCUACUUUCGGGCGUUAGGGAGCUUAAGCAAAGAACUUUUUUAUUAGCGAAGAAACUUUUUGUAUGCCUUGAUACUUCUAAACGUGUAUUGCAAAGUGUUUUUACUCUUAUUCAGGCUUAUAACCCAAGGAAAACCACUGCCCAAGAAUGCAAAACGUCCACUUCCGGUUGACAUACGACUUUGCUCAAAAACGCCGUUGCUUAAGCUCACUAUUGUAUGGUAUUUUGUUUCAAGAGCAUGGGCCAGAAAUGAGAUGCUAGAUAGCCAACUACGGCUAAAAGAAAGUUUAAUCAGGGUUCGUAUUACAAGCGCGAGUGGAAGAUUGUAAAUAAUAAAUUACUUUUCUAACAAUAAUAUCAGGCUGCACUGUUUCACAGCACACAUAUCGCACGCUUAUCAAAUUCAUAAGAAAAGAAACGUUGACUCGGCUAGAAAGGUGACCCGUCUAGCUGUGUCACCCUUUUUCGAUGUCAAGGUCACCCUCCUAGUCAGUACAACUUCUCUCCAUAUAAACACUUUGACUCCCCCAGCGGAGUCAACUAGGCCAAUCUGAUGCGUAGGCGCUGUUUUCAGUUCGAGGCUCAAGUAAAGAGGUGGACUUUAAACGCUUUUUAAAGUUGAUUCAGUCGGGAGGGUGGCUCCCUUUCCGUUAAACGAGGCAUUACAGUACUGCUAAGGAUUGCACAAACGUCGAAGCGCACCAAGAUUCCCAUCGCUGUUGGAUAACUAAUUUCUAGUUUCAUAAAAUUAAAACAGAUUAAGACCAGCGCCAAACAGGUCUCUUUCUACAGCCUCCUAAUAUUAUUAUCUUCUAACAGGAGAGAACAAGUUAGAAGGUGUAAAAGAAUCAUCCUCCGGCGAGCAAUGAGAAUUAUGCCUGAAGAAGAGGAAUCCAUAGAAUGUGAUGAGGACGCCAAAUAUCGCACAAUCAAUGGAACCUGCAACAACCUAAAAAACCCAGAAUUUGGAUCAAUCAACACAAAAUUCGAACGACUUAUACCAGCCGAUUAUGGGGAUUGCAUCUCAACCCUUCGAGAAUCAGUGACUGGUCACCCACUUCCAAACACCAGAGAAGUAAGUUUCAAAGUUCACGGCAGCAACGCAGAUGGCUUAAAUCCUAAUUCUAGAGUACUGUCCCAUCUGGCCAUGAACUUUGGACAGUUCAUGGACCACGACCUGUCGCUGGCGGAGGCACAGGGAGUUAACUGUGAGCCACCCGAGGACAAGGAAGAACCUGAAUGUAUCAACAUUCAUAUUCCCAAAAGCGAUAUGAUUUUCCGUGACAGAUAUAUUAAAUUUAUUGAAAUGGAGAGAGAGGCUUUCAUCAAACCAGAUUCUUUUUGCAAACUAGAAGUUCGAGAACAUCCGAACACAAUAACAGCCUAUAUUGACGCAUCUAACGUGUAUGGAUCAACUGACGAGAUUGCUGAAUCACUUCGUGCUGCAGACGGCCUCCUGUUGGUCAUGAAGCAUCCACAUGGCUGCCAAUUCAAAAGCUUACUGCCUGCUCAAGUCGACGGUUUCUGCCCAACAAGAAAUUUUUUUGAACCAUGUUUUUUCAGCGGAGACAUACGAAACAAUGAGAACCCUGGUAAGAUAGGCGGAGCCAUCCACAUAAAUUCAUCUCUCUGAGGUCCCUGGGUGUCAGAGACUUUUCUUGCGCAGAUUCCGCUUUCUUGGUUCGCCGCUCGUGGCUUCGGCUUUCGACCGAAGACGUGACGGCCUGCCGCCGACCCCGAGACUUCUCCGCUGCUCUUGAUCAUCGUGCGAAAGAAAAAACCUCUGAUACCCAGGGUAUCCUCAUGUCACGAAACACUUUUCCUUUAAUUCCUUUCGCGAAAAAAAAGAAAGAAAAAGAAAGAAAGACAAAAACUCGUGAGAUAAGUAAUUUCCUCGAGCAAUAUUUCAUACCUCCAGUGACGCAACGUUACACUAUUAAAACAGGACGAAAAACCCUAUACUUUGGUUAUCACCGAUUUCGCACAAACCUCCUUUGAGGAAAACAACAGAGAAAUCAGGAAUUAAUUCAUCUCCCUCGAUGAAACUUUUGAGAAAGAUAGGACUAAGUUUAGGUUGAUACUUUAGGUCCUUUGCAUGCGUACGUACAUUUCCAGUAACUCAUCAUUUUUGCUCCAAUCCAGUAAGUUCCGUUUUCUGCAGGGUAAUGAUUAAAAGCUCCCGCAACCUUAAAUGCUGCUGCAUGAAAAAACAAUUCAUCUUUCCCAUAUAAAAUACUAUUACUAAUUAUACAAGUCUUUCUCCGUACAGUACAACAAACAUGUGCAAAAAUUAAGACCAAGUCCUUGGGUACUUUACUCAGUACACAAAGAAAAACUAAUUAUCAUAAUAAUAUUUCUAAACCUACAGGUCUAAAUUCGGUCCAUACUAUCUUCGUGCGUGAACACAACCGUAUCGCAACAUUUUUCAUAAAGAAUACAGACUGGGACCCCGAAAAGAUUUAUCAAGAAACCAGAAGAAUCGUCGGAGCAGAGCUACAAAUCAUAACAUUCGGCGAGUUCCUGCCAUUACUUUUGAGUGAGCACACGGUAGGUCUCUACAAAGCUGCACCCUACCUUUUUAGCAUGUCCCCAGAUUUCAAGUGACGGGGAUGAUCGUAUGGGGGCAACAAUCAAAACCCAAAAAAUUCCUGGACCACAAGUAAACCCCCCCAAAAAAAUCCCAUGCCUAAUUUCCGAGCCUUAAAAAUUUCCAGAAAGCAUAACAUGUUAGUUGUACUUUAUUCGCAGGACUAAUCGUCCUUCAGAUUGUUUUGAACACCCAAAACGGUACUGCAAUCUGUAACAGAAAUUGGAACGUUCCGUGUAACACAGGUUGCACAAGUAAAAAUUCGUCCCCCGUUCAAAGCGUUUUGUCCCGACCCGUGUUAACGAGGUCGAAAGUACAUGAGUAGGUUUCUGUUUUAAAUGUCAAUUACUUUGAAUUCAAGGAAGGUUAGAGCGGCGCUUCUCAUUCCAGGGGCACCCAACCACGGUUUCCUCAUAAAUACAUAGAAAACACUUUUUAGGCUAUCUAAAGUACUUUUAGAUCUCUAGAAAUGCAUUCUAAGCAUCGAUGUAAAAUUUGCAUCUGUUCGGUCAUCCUAGGGGAACUUGAGUCUUUUCGAAAUUACAAGGGCUUGAGUAUCAUUUUCCCGAAAAUUUUAGAUGAAAUUUAACGUAUUACGAAAGUGAGACAUUUCUAAUUCCUCUCGUCAUCACAUUUUUAAAUCCGACAAUUUUAGGUUUCCUUUUUUCGACAAAUAGCCUAACUUGGGACGUAAAAUUCCAAAAUUAAACUUUUAUUAGAAAAUCGUAGGGAAUUUAUUAGAUAAGCUUCGAAAAUUGUCAGGCAUGAAUGGAACGGUCAUUCUAGGCAAAUAUUUGCUUCUCCGAAAAGAUAUUUUACAGAAAACAGUCCUUGGGUGCCUGUGUUCUUCUUCCUGUCUGCAAAGAACUUGUUUUUCUGACGGCACUUAUUAUACAGUCAUUUGGCUCCCGUAAGCGACCACCUCGGAUAAAAAGUCGUUUUCUGGUUCAGCGAACGAUAAUGAACUUCUCCAAGUGACCAUGUGGCAAAUGAAUGCGCUCGCCUAGACCACUUUUAUAUUAGCACAUUGUUGUUUAUGACUAAAAUACAGUCUGAUGAAAUGAUAAAACAGCUUUAUUUUAUUACUUAUCACAUUCGAUGUUUUCGAAGAUAAUACAGUAUUAAGCCGUUGGCGUUCCUAUUGCGUAUAACCCUGAAUUUGAGCAAGAAGUUAAUUUGUUCAGUUCGGGUGUUGCCUGAGUGGGCGAACAUGAAACUAAAGAAACAGAGAAGAAACUGAUAUCCAGUCGGUCAUUAACAAAAGUGGUCAGCGGAGCGGUUGCUUACCAGAGUGGCCUCAAGUAGAGAGUUGACAUGUGGGAGAAACGAAAAUUUUUCGUUGAGGAGAGGAAAUAAACGGAGACAAGCAAAUUCCAAUCAAGCCCAGUGCUCUUAAACUAUUUCUCUUGUAAACAAGAGAUCCGAACUCGUUACUCUAAAAAGCCGCUAUAAAAACAGUGAAUUCGCCACGUAACUACUCAAAAGAAGGGGAGCUCUAACCAUACUAUACUCGAUUAGAAAUUUGGUAUUUAAAACUUAAAAAAUUUACCCACAGCUCUUUAAGAGGCUCCUUGCCGGGUUGGGGGCGCGGUCUUCUGUGGCAGAGGUCCCGACUUAAAUUCCCAGGGCUGAGCUCAAUUCUUCGUUUAGACCUCUUUCUCUUUCCGUGUGGCUUCGUGAGAGCUUUGUCACGAAAUUUAUUACAAUUAAAACGGGGGGGAAGUGCCACCAAAUUGAGUUAAAAAUUAAAAUAACCAAUCAAAAUAUUAAAAGAAAGCAUAAACAUAGUCAAUACACUUGAGGAAGAUUGAAACGCCGGAUGACAAUUGUGGUUUUUAAAACUUGUUAGCUUAACAGUUUUUCAUGUUAUUCAAUACAUUCAAGUUCACUUUUAGUUGUUUAUAACGUUUGAUAUAGUUUGAUUUAAUGCUUAAAAGACAUAUUUAAUUGUUUGACUCGAAGCCCAGAUUUUGUCAUUCACAAGUAAUUUUUUUAAGUUCGAGUAACGAACAAAGACGAGUAAUUGGCAUUAUCAUGAUGAAGCAAUGGCGGAGAGAGAAAGGUAAAUAAGGUAAAUAAGUGCACCGCAGGACUCAGGAUUGUAAGCCAGAUGAUGAUUAUUUCGAGCUACUAAACCUAAAAUAAAGACGCCUUUUUCGACCAUUUACAUUUAACUUCUAACAGAAUACUCUCCUUCUUUACAUUUGUAUUUAGCUCUACGAGUGAUUAUGCAUAAAACGCAAACAAUGUUAUAUUGCAUCCGUUUACAUAACAAAAAAGGUUUAUUCUAUGUUUGUUUACUUUCACCACUAUUUAGAGAAAAGAAUUUGGUCUUGUGCUUCUUGAGGGAGAGGAGUAUUUCACAGGCUAUGACAAAGAGGUCAAUGCGCAAAUAUUAACAGCCUUUGCCGUAGCUGGAUAUCGAUUUGGCCACAGUUUGGUUCAAGAGCUUUUCAAUCGAUUCUCUCAAGAUGGCUUUGAACACAAAUGCAGCAAAUGUAGCAAAGACAAAUUACAAUUCCAGCCAAUCCCAGUACUGGACUUUAACAACCCAGCACCCUUGUACUCUGUAUUUAAAGGAGGCGUCGACGCCAUUUUGAGGGGCUUACUUAAAGAUCCUGCAGCGAAAGCUGACGGGUAAGUGAAGUUAUCGCAUGCACGUACACGCAGUCCUUUUGAUUUGUUUAAUUUGCUUGUUAAGGAGAAAAGUUCAGUGUUACUUUUAGGGUAUGCAUAGUUGUGAGCCUGAUAGGUUUAACACCGAUUCGCGCGGAUUCACAAAACUUUGCAAGAGAUAAUUUAGAGUCAGUUCGAAGGAUCCGAGCUCACGCUUGGCGGGUUAGAGGAGGUUUUAUUAUAGCCAAAUUCAAGGAAUUGUACUGCGUUCUUUCUGUACCUUGAAGACCCUUGAAAAGCUUUCACUUUGAUUAUGGUAAUCAAGUGGUUACAACAUACUCUGCAUAGGCGAUGAAUAGAUGCAAUCGGCGCCUUUAUUAUACACUGUACUCACUAUCUUUCUUCGCUUUGGGUACGAGUUUAUAGUUAGGAAAUCACCGAAUUCACUGCAACCUACAGAUAGGUUAGUCCUGUAGACGAGGUUGACUAAACUGUAGGUUGCGCGCGCAAUGUACUAUAUUUAUGCGCCCUCCUUCUAUUUUACUUACUGAUUAAUUUUGUUUGCUUGUUUUGUCGUACAGGCGUUUUUCAACUUCAGUCCAAGAAAACCUAAGUCGCGGUGAAGGUGAUACGUCUGACUUAAUCGCUAUUAACAUUAGAAGAGGGCAUGAUCGUGGACUGCCUAGCUACACCAGGUUUCGCCGCGUUUGUGGCCUUCCCCUCGUUAGCAAUUUCUCUGACUUGGUAACGGUUGCCGGUUUGGACAAAAAGGUCGUUGCCAUAUUGGAAAAAGUUUACAAGAGAGUUCAGGAUGUAGACUUGUUCACCGGAGGUAAGUCUGGAGUAACAAUCACAUUCCUCCCAUAGUCAUAACUAUAACAAAAUUCUCAAAUCUGCUUGGCUAUUAGCCUGCACUACAGACGAAACGAAACUAUAGUUAAAUUACAUCUGCGAAGAAAUCUAAUUGGCUAUCAACCGUUCUGAUUUCAGCUCUAAUAGAACAGUGAAAUUGGACAGUGCGCGUAAUCGCGAGCGCAUUUGAAUGUUUUGUUGUUUUCAGACUGUUUGCGGUCCCCCUUUUCUCUAAAAUCCGUCUAGUUCUUAUCUCAGCUAGCGCGAUUGCAAACCACGACGUUAUGUUACAAUAAGGGAUUGGAACCAGACGAGAAAAGAUGGACUGCGAACUCUUUUGUAGUAAACAAACGAAACGAAGUAACCGAUUGGUCAAUUUUACAGCUUUUGGCAGAUCAUUGACUGGUCUGUGGUGCAGACGCAAGUGAUAAAAAUAGUCACGCGUUACAACUAACCACGAACAAUUACGAACCUGGCGGUAAUCGCUUGUAAGCCGUUUAACGAUAUCUUACGGAAGGAAACUGCUGUGAAUUUCCUCAAGGGAAAGGAAUUCAAGGUAAUCUUACCGGAUUAUAAAAAAGAGUAAAAUUGUUCAGUUGUUUAUGUACUAUUUAUAAAUCGUUUAAAGUUACUCGGGUUCAGAUUGGUUAAUUAAAUUACCUUGACCGCUUCGUUGUACCCAGACAGAAUAAAAAGAGUCAGCAGUCUCUUAUUUUUUCCUCUGUGGCUUACGCCCUGGUUUAUCGUGGCUUGGGUUUCCCGUGCAGUAACUUUGCAAAGAAAAAUAAGAGACUGUUCGCCGUCUAGUUGUUUUUUUCACUGGUAGCAAAAACUCUCUCUAAAAAAGACUUAAAACAUCACAAAUUUGUAUAGUUAAGAUUAAUUGGUAACAGAACUUCGUGUCGUCCUGUUCGGUUUGUAAUCAUAUAUACUCGUGUUUAAACUAACUCCACUCAGUCCCAAAUAUAGCAAAAAUCUUCGUAGGCAUCCACGAUUGGAAUAUUUUUUCCAUAUUUUGAUGGGAAAGCGCAUACAUUAUGCCUGAGUGUGAACAGGCCUGCAGUUUACAGUUGUUGUUGUUGUUGUUGUUUGUUUUUGGCUUUUUUUUUCCUGGUCAGAUUUGGGGCUGAAAUGCAGCACAAAGAAAGAAAAACUUACAACAAUUUCUAUUGAAUUAGACUCACCUAAUUUUUUAUUAAAAAGUAAACUUCAUUUGCUACUUCGAUCUCUUCUCAGGAAUGCUUGAACCAAGUGAUCCUAAAGGAGGUGAACUCAGUGCAACAUUUCAGUGCAUUUUAGCAAAUCAGUUCAAACGCACCAAAAUCGGAGAUCGCUUUUGGCAUGAAAACGCACCUAACGCAACCUUAAACACCGACAAGACAGCACUCAACCGUUGUCAGCUAAAAGAAAUCAGGAAAACACGCUUUUCCAGGAUAAUAUGCGAUAACAGUGAUGACAUUACCUCAAUUCAAAAAGACGCUUUGAUGCAGUCUUCGGUAAGGUGCAGUUGCGACGAAUUGCCAAAGAUAAACCUUAAAGCAUGGACUACAGAUUGUCCAUCGAGGUAAGAGAAAGGACAGCUGUUCAUUUCUUUUAAUCGCAUGCGGCGAGAAUAGCGAGUCUUAGAUCCGAGUUUACCUCGAACCUCUAACUGCUGGAGGUCACGUGACAAGUCUUUCGCGUCACGUUUGAGGUUUACGACGUGCGUUUUCAACGUGGGGAGGUAGGUUUUCACGUAGGUCAUUUACCUGAAAGCUUUUAGCGUAUAAUUCUUGUCUUAUCUCACGUAAUGAUACAAAAAUCAUGUGGAGCAAGUCUUUAUCCAUUAACAGAGGCACAGAUUCGGGCGAAAUGCUAAAUUUGAUAAAUCCUAUUGGAUCUUGAAAACAAGUGCCAUUCAUGGCUGCUGAUUCAAAAUGGCGGCCGUAAAUUUGCGAGAACUAAUGUAAGAAUUUACAGUUCUUUGCUGCUAGAUAACCCAGUGUUUCCGUAAAUUUCUUUUAUUUUCACUGAUUGAUAUUUCUGCUAUUUCUAAAUGGAAAAAUAAACCAGAAUUCACUUCUUUAAUCCACCACCAAUCUAAAUCGAAUUAUGUUUGAACGUCGAACUGCCAACCGCGGUUAGAGGUUCGCCGUAAACAAGGAUCUAACACUCUCUAAUGGCGGCCACGCGCAAAAACAAUUCCGCCAGGUAGGCAAGCUAAGACAACCAGAGAAGUCGUGACCUUCACCACUUCCCUAUACCGUAUUAACUCGAUUAAACGCCGCGAUGUUUAUUACUUUAUAAUUUCAAAAUCUCAGUUCUUAUAUCACUGAUCGAGCAGUUACGAUAUAUCAUUCAUAAAUAUUACGUAAAACAGAAAGGCGUUCAAAGUCUCGCUUGCCUGCCGAGAUAAAAUCGUAACCGUCCGGAAGGGUGUUUAUUACCGAGCUGCAAGUUGUUUCAUUUUUUGCACGGGUUAAGAUAAACUCAACAAAUUGGCCCGCUCCCAAUGUAUUGGUCUUCAUAGCUCAGUUGGUAAAGCACUGCAGAGCUAACGCAGAGGUCAUGGUUUCGAAUCCCGCUGAAGUUCCGAAUUUUUUUUUUUUUUUUUUUUGGGGGGGGGGGUUAAUUUGCAAUUGGUUAAUUACAAUUACCACUGCGACGAUCAUAUCUUUAUUAAAAUGAGUUUCUUUUCUCAUUAUCUUCGAAUAAACGCCCCGUUCUUCUCAUUAGGCGCGGCAUUUAAUCGAGCAAAUACGAUAAUCAAUGUUUGUUUGCAUCUGUUCAAUGAUACUCAAGCAACGGACCUCUCGCGAUCCAACGCCGCAGUAAGGGGAGAGGGAGGUGGGAGGGAAGAGUCAUUUUCCUAAUUUUUAAGUUAUAAUUUCACGAGGGCAGGCAAUUUAAAUUUUAAAAUAGGAUACUCUCUCAAAAGCGUUUUUGUAACCGUUGAUGUAUCCGUGUUUUUUUUUUCCUGCACAGUGACUCUGUAUACAGCGACGAACCUGAAGACACGCAUGAUGAGUUUUAA